GUCACUGGUUCAGUUAACUUAACGCAGCGUCCCUCUCCGCCUCGGGCAGAGAACGCCACGACUGUUGCUCGGUGUGUUCAGCUCUGGAGACGGCUGCGCCCUCGCUCUGUUUGUCGGAUUUAACAACUUACCGUUCAGUUUCAGCGUUAAUAAUUACCCACCGGAACUCACUUAGUAACUCACCGGAAAAAUGAAUGGCAAGUCAGCGAACGGUACGGCGGGGGGAAUGGCCUGUAUCGAGGGUCUGCCGCCGCUGCCGAAGAGCCUGAGCGGGCUGCUGAACUCGAGCGGCGGCUCGUGGAGAGAAAUGGAGAGGAUGUACGUGAAGAAAACCAUGAUCCAGGACGACCUGAGCCGAGGCAGGAAUAACGCCGACAGCCUGCUGGCCAGCAAGCCGGCCAACCUGGACGCUGCCCUGGCUCUCCUGCGGAAAGAAAUGGUGGGUCUGCGUCAGCAGGACAUGUCGCUGCUGUGCCAGCUCUGGUCCCUGCACGAGUCCAUCCAGGAGUACAAGGGCAGCUGCCAUGACCUGAGCGCCGCCUCCAGCCUCAGCAUGAUGGAGAACGGCUACUUCGACGAGGACGACGAGUUCUACGCGGAGCCCGGCGCCACGCCCACCGGCGACUUCCCGGGCGCCGGGGACGUUGCCGACGGCAACGCCUCCUCAUCGGCGGCCAAAAACGGCAAGGAGGACAGCUGGGAGUCCUUCAACGUCGCCAUCUGAGGCCUCGAUCUGCGCGGGUUUUUCUGCAGACGGAUCCAUGUUUUUUUAGGGGGCGGAGCUAAGCUGUGAGAAGGGAGUGGCUGGUUGCCGACGGCAACGGACUGCCAAAGAGGAAUCCUGUCCGUCUGCAGAGCUGAGAUCACCUGGACUCCUUUACGCUGCUGCCAGUCACUCUUACUUUCUUUUUCUUUUUUUACAUAAUCAAAAUAUAUGAACAAAGUUUUAUUAUUUAUUACAUAAUAUAAAUAACAAAGUAUUCUUUUUUUUAUUAUUCUUUUUGCCCUCUUUGGAAGUUUUGUACAAAAGGUACAGGCAGAAAAUUUGGACUUCAAACCUGAAGGAUGGGAUUUUUAUUAUUUUUAUUUUUAAAGGCAUUUCCGACUCUUCAGUAACAGGAAGAGGAACUUUACAUCGGUAAAAUGUUUUUCAGGUGAGAUCCUCCUUCCAGUAAACGGAGCAGAGCUGGUUUCCUGUGCAGGGAGGAUUCGUGCAACAUUUUAUGGUCGGUGUAGCGUCCGUUCUCUGCGGUUACAACCAGCGUUUACUGAGCAGAACUUCACUCAAAACUUUAAAAAAAAAUCUGUAAUCAUGUUUCUGUUUUGCACGUUCAAGCUGCAAUGUUUGCAUAUUCCUGAAAUGUGAUGUUUGGUGGGAAAUCGGAGCAGAAUUAUCAGAAAUCAACCUUUCUUUGUGGCCUUGCUAUUUGAACAUCGUAUUUCACGUAUCUACGUUUAACUAAACGUCUUUUUCCUUCUGGAUCUGUAGCGAAAGGUUUAGGGCUGGGCGAUAAAUCGAUUUGAUCAUUUUUGAGGAUUUAAUUCUUGGAAAAUUCUGGGUUUUUCCCACUAAUUCACUCAUCGGGUUUCCAUAAUUCAGAGUGAUAUCAGGGCGGCCAUCUUUGUUUGGACCAAGUUUCAAUUUAUUUGUUUCCAAUUAACAGAGUUGUAUUACAGUAGAGUUGGAAAUAAUACAAAAUAAAGUUGUAGUUUUAUGAGAAAUUUGAAAUAAAGAUGAGCAACUUAUAAAUGAACAGUAGGAGGACUAUGAAACAAUCAAAUCCUGGUAGCUCUCAAGCUUUUUCCUCAUUAAAGCAACUUUUCUCACAAUUUUAAGAUGUUUUUUCUGAUAAAAUUGUGUUUUUUUUCUUUUAAUAUGAUUACAUUCUGAUGAAUAAAAAAUUUCCAAAUACGUUGUCAGAAACCAGAUAACUGAACAUUUCUGUAAGUGAGCAAAACAACAAAAUUGAUUAAAAUCGGAUCUGGGAUGAAAAAAGUGAGAUUUUAUCUUUAAGUCGCCCAGCUCUAAGACGGAGGGACUUUGUAUUAAAAAAGUUACAUUUAUGGGGAAUUUCUGUAAAUCUGCCUUAUUUCAGACGUAAAUGUUUGUCGACAAACACAUUCUGGAUUGAUUUGCUCAGUCUUCCUUCAUCUGUAGCGCGUGACGUCGCAGUUCUUCCAGAUCAGGCAGCCAUUUUGUUUUUUUACCUGGCGGUCCUGCGCUCUGCGUUGUAUUUAGUUAAAGGUGCUGAAUGAAUGAUCUCAUCUAAAGAAUGUUUUUAAAGUUACUCUGCAGUCAAACAAGCAGUUUUCUCUUCACAAACACAAAAUUUAUGAAAAUAAGAUUUAUUAAAUCUUAUUUUUAUUUUUUUUUAUGGCUGCUGGUCAUUUCACCUCAAAACCGUUUCAUAUUCUGUCAGUUUUGGUCAUUUCAUACCGGAAAAUGACCGUAGGUCAGUUCAUAUCAAGUCAUUUUUCAUUUAUUUACCCGCAAAGAAAUGAGUUUUAUUGACUCCAAUCAACAAUUUAAACACAUUUUAGCAUUUUAAAUCUCGGUCUUCCUUAUCAUCAUGUUAGAAAACAAACUUCAAAAUGGCUGCCACUUGUUAAAAUCAAAUUUUUCUUGCGCUUCUGCAAGAAUCUAGAGGUUUUCAAUCUUUAUCAUGUAAUAAACUGAAUGUUUGGUUUGUUUAUUUGCUUAUUUUUGUACCAACAAUCUGGAUUUUCUUUAGAUUUACCCCAUCAGAUGUUUUUUUCUGUUGGAUGUCAUCACAGUUGGUGCCUUUGUAGAGCUGCAGCUUCCUGUUGAAGAUGAAUGGAAAGUGAA